AAUGUUUGUUUUUUGGACUUGAGUUUCAUACUGAGGGUGCACGGGGAAAUUGGGGUUGAAUUCAGGGGCAAUUAGGGAACAAAAUGAUAUAUAUAUAACCACACGAAGUGCUUAAACAUCUUUUAUUUCUCGUAGCGAAACGGAGAUAGAAGUUUCGGUUAUCCAGUUGUGUUUCACACACCCAUUCGUGCCCUUUCUCUCUCCAUAUCUAAACCCCCCAAUUUGCUUUCUCUCUCUAAACUCUUCACAUUUUCAUCUCGCCAAUUUUAGGGUUUUUGAUCAACAAUGGUUUCCGAUUCAAUCACCAACCGUUCGAUCCCAAUUGCUUCAUCUAACCCCAAAGAUUUUGCCAAGAAAAAAAGGGCUAAUCGGUCGGCGAAGUUGAAGCAGUGCAAGCUUGAUGCUCGGCGCGAACAGUGGCUUUCACAAGUGAAGAACAAAGGUUUGAAGGAGGAGACGAACAAUGGAGGAAGUCGUGGUGCGGCGAAGAAUGUUGUGAAUGAGAGGGAAAGAUUGAUUGAGAAGUUGGAGAUAAAGCCGAGAGUCGAAGAGGAUAAUGAAGGAUUGGUACACCACUGCAGUGAUUAUGAUUCACCUACAAGCCAGACGAGUAGUGUUUUGGGAGGAAAUGAUUCUGGGACUAAUUUCACUGGGAGCAGUAGUGGCAGUAGUAGCAGUAGUAGCAGUGGUGGAUGUUGUUCAGGGAGUGUGAGUGAAGAAGAUGAAGAAGAGGACGAUGACUGCUUGGAUGACUGGGAGGCUGUUGCUGAUGCUCUGGCUGCCGCUGAUAAAGAACAGGAGCAGCAAAAUCCCAGCUUGGAUUCACACUUUGCGAGGGAUGAGAAUGUGACAGAUGGGAGUUCUACUCAAGAGGUUUCUGCCAAGAAGGGGCCAGGGACUGAUAAGUCAAAGCAGGAGUGUAAUGAUGACAGAGGAUUGACACGUAGACCUCCUCCCAGUUGCCGGGCAUGGAGGCCCGACGAUUCAUUCCGUCCAUUGGGUCUACCAAAUUUGUCAAAGCUGUAUAGUUUCCCAACGAAUUCUGAGCGGCAUUGUAGGAGGGGCUCUGUAUGGGGAUGUAAGAGUUUAUCUACGCCAACGUCGUGUCCGAUAUGCUGUGAAGAUUUGGACUAUACAGACACAAGCUUUCUCCCUUGUUCGUGUGGAUUCAGGCUUUGUCUCUUUUGUCACAAGAGGAUUCUUGAGGAGGAUGGGCGUUGCCCAGGGUGCAGGAAGCAGUAUAACCAAGAUGCAGUUGAGCGAGAGACGACCAUUGAUGGUGGCAGCUUGACGAUUCGAUUGGCUCGUUCCUUUAGCAUGAUAUCAAGGUCCUAGGAAGAUUCUGUUCCCAUGAAUGUGUAUGUUGGGUCCUUUUCUGUCUCUGCAUGACAUGUGAGUGUUCUAGUUCUUAAUAGACUGUGAGUCAAGAUUAUCCAUAGCUAUAGGUGUUGAUAUAGAACGUGAUUUUGGACGAACAGGGGAAUGUUCUGAUUUCUUUUAAGAGUUUUUGCAUUAUAGAUGUGGUGCUUAUGCUGAUGUAGAACACUCAUUAUGUGAAUAAAUAAGGUGGUAUUGAAGUUAAAUA